GCAUUAAAUAUUUCUUGUUGAGUGAAAGCGUUUAAUCAUGUCGUUUAAGAACAUAUAUUUGAUAGUCUGUCUAUUGUCUUGUGUUAUUUCAGUUAUUUCUAUUCCAAAUAUCAAAAGAACAAACAAUGCUGAACCAUCAAUAAUAGAAGAGGAAAAAAACUUGGCAUCAAAUGAAGACAUUUUAGAUGAUACAACAACAAUAGAGUCUGAGACUAUCAAAACUCAGGAGAAUGAAAUUGACAGUGAGAUAUUGAGAGAUGAAUCUUUAAUAAAAACAACAAAUGCUGAAGAAUUGGAAAUAUCAACACAAAGUUCACAACAAAAUCUAAAAACUCAAUUAUCAUCAAUUGACAUAUCGUUGAUUCAAAAACAAUUAAUUGAACAUUUUAGGAAGCAGCUAACAACAAAUGCAAUUCGAGCAAUUUUUCUUGUGCUUAAUGAAUUAAAAAGACGACAAAAUGUAAAAAGUUUCGAACAACAAAAUGCUGAAGAAUCAAGAUUGAUUGAAUCACGAGUGCAACAUGAGCAUUGUGAUUGUAAAUGUGAUAAUGAAAGCAACGACCGUAAAGAUUCCAUUGAAGAGGAUGAAGCAGAAAUUAUAAUUGUCGAUAAAACAAGAAGAAAUAAAGACAAAUUCUUGCCAAAUGAGAAAAAUCAGUCUCAAAUUAAAAAGAAAUCAAAACAAGUUGAAAACAAGGUUGUUAAGGAAUCUACUAGGUGUAAGAGCUGUUCUAUAAAGGGUAUAGAAGAAAAGUUGUAUAGAUAUUAGCU